AUGAGCGACGCGGUGCUGCAGGAGAACGGCAUGGCGCGGCCCCCCAUGUCGGAUCGCGAGAUGCACGUGAUCGCGUCCGUCGAGGAGUGGAACAAGGGCCUCCCGGCGUCCGCCUUGUCGCAUAAAUAUGCGCUCAUUGGCCGCUCGCCGGUUUCCUUCUUCCAAGGAACCAAUCACCUCUUCUGGGCUGACCUAAGCGGCGACGAGCGCCUGACGCGUUUCGGCAACAGUCGCACGGUGACAUGGAUCGUCGGCGACUGCUCUACGUCGUCGUUCACCGCGUCGGGCAGCGACAGCGAGGGCCCCAUGUACGGACUGUCGCUCACCGACGAAUCCGUGAUCGCAGACUACCAGCUUGAGGAGGAGGAUGCAGAGAUAAGGAAGCUGAAAUACCUUAUACUCCAUCCCAUUCUCUCCCUCCCCAUCCUUUCCCCCCUUCCAACCUCCUCUGUCUCUGCGCCCAGGUGCAUGGAGGAGGGCGGGCGGUGGGCGUUCCAGGAGCACCCCAGGAAGCUGCAGGCGUGCCCCAAGUGCGUGGAGGAGGGCGGGCGGUGGGCGUUCCAGGAGCACCCCGGGAAGCUGCAGGCGUGCCCCAAGUUUGAGGAGGACGCCGUGGUGGCGGCGCUCGCCUCGUAUGCCGAUGGAGUCAACGUCAAGGGGCUUGCUCGCAGCAUGCAUGCUGACCCAGCCUCCUGUGGCGUGUCGCGAUACAUGGCGCUGACUGAAACGAGCAGCGGGGAGUUACAUGUGCUGGACGUGCGCAUGCAGCAGCGCCCCACCGCCUACCACUUCAUGAACCCUGAUGAGCGCCGCGCGUACCGCCACCGCUUCCCCCACGAGACGGACCGGUUCCUGGAGGCCAGCGCUGCUCUGUGCUCGUCACAUGACAGCAGCAGCAUUGGAUGGAUGGAGCUGCAGGAGGGUGUGCACCCGAGUGCUGCCGGGCGGUACUCAGUGAGAGACGUGUCGCCUUAUGAGGAGGAGUACCCAGCCGCUGUGUCUGCAGAUGUCAAGUCGAAACUCAAGGGGUUUGCUCUCACCACUCAGGAGGGGUUAGUGGAGCUUGCAGAGGACUGGGCGCGCAUACUAGCAUCACAGCAUGCUGUUGCUGCUAGUCUGCUAGAUCCUGACCCACCGGUAGAUCAACGGCCAGCAUUGUGCCAGGAGCUUGCACUUCUGUCUAAGGCAGCGGCUAAGAACGAGUUUGAGGAGCUUGUGUGGGAGGUGGCGUUGAGUUACUCGCGACAAGUGGAGUAUGACUGGCGGGGAUUGGACGUAUGGCGAUUGGAGCAGGGCAAGGUGGUUCCUGUUCCCAAGGCCGAACAUGGCAAGUUCUACACCCGAGACAUCUACAUUGUGCUCAAGAUCUCGGGUUCCAAAGCGGCAGGCGGCGUGACCCACGCCGUGCACUACUGGCUGGGCAAGGGAGCCACACCAGAGGACGCGUCUCGGGCAGCGCUCAAGGCGCUGGACCUAGAUAUUGCCGUGGGCGGCAAGUCAACGCAGCACCGCGAGCAGCAGGGGCACGAGUCGCCGCUGUUCCUGUCCUACUUCCGCCCCUGUGUCAUUCCAAUUGCGGACGGGCCAACUGGGGAGCCGAGGCUGUACCAGGUCAAGGGGAGACGGUUCCUGCACGUGCGACAGGUGCCUUUCGCGCGCUCCUUCCUGAACCACUCAGACGUGUUUGUGCUGCAAGCGCCCUCCAAGCUCUACCAGUUCAACGGUGCCAAUGUCGCCAAACAGGAGCGCAUUCGAGCCGCCGACGCCACUCUCCUGCUCAAGAGCCAGUCACCUAACGGCAGCAUGCCCGUCGCUGUGAUUGAUGACGGCAAGGCGGACGAUGCGAGCUCCAGCGAGUUCUGGGACCUCUUUGGCGGCUUUGCUCCCAUCGCCAAGAAGAGUGCGAGUGAGGACGACAUAGAGGCUAAGGCAGUGCCGCCCACGCUCUACCUCGUCACCUCCAGCGGUCUGCAAGAGCAAGCCAAGGCGCCUCUCAAGAAGAAUCUGCUUGAGAGCAGCAAGUGCUACCUGCUUGACACGGGCCCGAACCUCUUUGUGUGGUUCGGGAAGCUCAGCACCGUGCUUGACAGGCGGGCGGCCUGUGUGGCUGCAGAGGCGCAUAUGUCCAGCCGCCCCCCCUCAGUGCUAGUGACACGCAUGAGUGAGCGAGGCGAGACAGCAGCCUUCAAGGCGGCCUUUGCAGAGUGGCCUCUCGCCCCUGUGAUGGGCGGUGGGGAGGGAGGCGCCAGCAAGCUCAAAGCCAUGCUGCGGCAGUCAGGCAUGGUGGACAAGGCAGUGGGGAGGGGGCCGCAGGCAGCAGCAGGGGCAGCAGAGCCGCCACCGCCUCCUCUCGCUGAUGUUGCCGGGGAGAUGAAGGUGUGGAGGGUGAACGGCAGCAACAAGACCCUAGUAGCAGCAGAGGACAUGGGGCGGUUCCACAGCGGCGACUGCUACGUUGUGCAAUACACCUUCACGCGCGACCGCAAGUUCGAAUACGUGGUGUUCCUGUGGGUGGGCCGCGACAGCACUCAGGAGGAACGCACGUCUGCUCUUGGUGUUGCUACAAGGACAGUAGACGCACUGAGAGGAAACGCCACUCUGGUGCGGGUGGUGCAGGGGAGGGAACCCGAGCAGUUCGUCUCCUUGUUCAGAACCCAUCUCUUCUUCCUCAAGGGCGGCAGCAGUGCGAGCUACAAGGCGAAGAUCGCCGCCCAGGGCGGCUCCGACGACACAUACGACCCGGCAGGCGUGGCUCUUUUCCGCGUGCGUGCCCGGGGGGCGGCAUCUACUGGCGCGGGUGGUGCAGCGCUGUUCAAAGCGGUUCAGAUGGAUCCAGUGGCCAAGUCGCUGAACUCAGAGGAUUGCUUCUUGCUGCAGACGCCGUCCAGCCCGUUUUUGUGGCUUGGCAAUGGCAGCAGUGCGGCAGACAAGGAUGCUGUGGCAGCUGCGGCCGAGAUUAUCAAGCCCGGCGCGCUGGUGAAGCAAGUGGUGGAGGGAAAGGAGACGUCCGUGUUCUGGCAGCAUCUGGGCAGCAAGGGGGAGUACCCCGCUUCUAAAGAGGCCAGGGAGGCAGCACGGGACGGCAGGCUGUUUCAAGUCACGGGCAGUGGCGACAGCUUCAAGGUGCUGGAGGUGCCGGGGUACAGUCAGGACGAUCUGAUCAGUGAAGACGUGAUGCUGCUGGACUCUCACACGGAGGUGUUUGCAUGGACGGGGGUCAACGUCCCUGACAGGGAGAAGAAGGAAGCACUCAACUAUGCGCUGCGCUACUUGGAUCGAGUGGCAGCAACGGAAGGGCGGUCAAAGGACACCACGGUGGUGCGAGUGGUGGAGGGGUACGAGCCCCCCAUGUUCACGGCGCUCUUCCCCCACUGGGACCAUGCUGCGAGCGCGACCCUAGCAGACCCCUAUGACCGCAAGCUGGCUCUGCUGCAGGGAAAAUCGCUCGAGCUCUCCGAUACGGCCAAGCGUCGGCUCGCAGCACUGACGCACCAAUCCCCAUCCGCCACGUCAUCCUCCUCCACCCCUCGCUCCUCCUCCACGCCCCACUCCCCCUCCGCCAAGCCCACCCUCUCCUCGCUCACCAUCUCCCCCGCGCUCAUCAAGGGGCUGGCGGGCAGGAGGGGGCCCUCCCCCGGCCCGUCCCCUUCAACCCAGCGAGCCGCUGCCAUGGCUGCGCUGACUGGCGCGCUCAAAGGGGAGAAACUGGAGCCUCUCAAGCUCGCCAGGGGAAAUUCUCUCUCAGGCUCG